AUGGAUAAUUCUGUAAUUGAUUUUAGUGACAGUGAUUUCUCAGAGUUUGAGUCGGACGAUGAUGUGCCUCUAGCGGAUUUGAUUCGUAAUUUUGAUGACAGUUCUGAUUCGGACGGUAGUGGAAGUGAAAGCGAAGACCAGAACAAUGACACUUGGUCAGUAAAUGACAAAACACCACGCCCAAAGAGGCCAUUUAUUGGGCCUGAACCGGGACCUACCACUUUACUGAGCCCUGAUGAUAAAGAAUGGGACUUUGUUGAGCUUUUCUUUCCAGUAAUGUUGAUUGAGCUUCUUGUCAAACAGACCAAUCUGUAUGCCAGUCAGAAACAAUCCAGGAAGCCGGAUCCUUCAUGGCGACAAGUGACAUUUGUUGAAAUGAAGGCAUGGUUGGGAAUCCGCGUGUACAUGAGCAUUAUUCAGUUACCACAGACUCAGAUGUACUGGUCUACAGACAAGACCUUUGGUAAUUUGUCCAUCAGGAAAGUGAUGAAACGUGACCGAUUUAUGAAAAUCCUGCAGUACUUUCAUGUAAAUGAUCGAUCAAAGAUGCAACCAAGGGGUCAUCCAACUUAUGACAAACUUUUUCUUGUGCGACCUAUUCUGGAUGAAGUUAGGAAAUUGUGUCUCCAAAAUUACAACGCGCAUCAGAACGUUAGUGUUGAUGAGGCUAUGGUAAAAUUCCGUGGUCGUCUAUCAUUCAAACAAUAUCUGCCGGCCAAACCGACGAAAUACGGCAUAAAAAUCUGGGUGCGGGCAGAUCCGGCAAAUGGCUACGUGAAUGACUUUCAGGUUUAUACUGGUCGUGAUGGACCAGCAGAGAAUGGACUUGCACAUCGUGUUGUUACUGAACUGAUGAAUGGAAUAAAUGGACGAAACCACAUUGUGAAUAUGGACAAUUAUUUCUCAAGUCCUAUGUUAUUCCAGGAGUUAGAAAAUAAUGGAACAUACGCUAGGGGAACUGUUAGAUCUAACAGGAAAGGCUUUCCACAUACAACUUUGAAAAAGAAGGACGUGAAAAAUCAAGGAGACAUGAAAUUUGCGCAGAAAGGAGAAUUAGUCACGUGCAUUUGGAAAGAUAAGAAAGAAAUAUUUACUCUUUCAACUGCUGAUAAUCCAGCAAAUAUUGAUUCCUCUGUACCGAGAAAGUCGCGCACUGGUGACAUCAAGGAAGUACCUGCGCCAGUAACAAUUUCCGAGUACAACAAUUACAUGAACGGGGUUGAUCAUGCUGACCAAUUGAGAACAGCCUACUCAACCUUCCGUACGUCAAGAAAAUGGUGGUUGUACCUGUUUUGGUUUUUAUGGGAUACAGCGGUGGUAAAUGCCUUCAUCGUAAUGAAAGAAUCCCCGUAUCACAAAUUAAAAACGAGAAAAGGAAAACCCAAGGAACGCGCAUUGAUUGACUUUAGAAUGAACGUUGCAAAGCAAUUGAUAGCGGAUUAUACGGAAAACGAGAAGGCAUCUCUUGCCACUGUGAAUGCCGGCCAUUUUCCAAGUAAUGGCUUGAAACGUGGAAGGUGCCGUCAAUGUAGCAAAAGGAAAAGGCGGCAUGAAUGUUUCAAUAUGUGUUUACAGUGCAAUGUUCAUGUCUGUGUGCCUUGUUUCAAGGACUGGCACACUGACAUUUUGAAAAAUGGGUAUUAGUAACUCAAUAAAACAAAUAUUUGUAGGAUAUAUGUAGCACUUUAUGUGUAAGUGGAGUAAUGAAAUAUACAUAUCGUGGAUCCACACGCUGAUAUUACAAUAGGUUUAUUAUAAUAGUAGCUAUCUGGGACGUUGUAUUUUGCUCGUGCAGAUUUUGAUGAAUAUGCAACGAAAUAGUUAUAAGUUUUUGCAAUUUAAAAUAUGCACUCUUUAUUUUUGCGGAUUUAUAUGGCACAGUUACUGUCACUGACAAUCUUCAUUGCCGAACUUAAUAAAACUUUAGUAAUCUAGUAAUGCACACUUUCAAAAAAAGUCCGAUGUCAAGAUAAUAGCAAAUUCUAUCCUUUGUAACGCAAGUUUGGCGGCAGAAUUGUUUGAGCCCGGAGUAGCCAGUAUUUGCUGCAUAAGCAACCAGUGCCAAAUGCACUUAUUUUGUAACUUUAUUUUUGAGAUACCUUAUUUCAACCGUCAUAGUUCAAUGAAUCUAUGUACAUUGUACAUUUGUUGUUGUUAUAUAUUUAAUUCAACUGUACAGUGUAUUCAAUUUUCAUUAAAAUCUGUUAAAUUUUGGCAGACAUAAAAACAAAAACACAAGUGUGGUGUGAGAAAAAGCCUUUAGGUAUAUAUUUGAUAUUUUUCAUUGUGAAAAUUCCUACUAAUUCUAUGAUUCACUGUAAUAUUUAUUGUUGUAUUUUAGCUGAAAAAAAACUUUAUAAAAAUACAUAAAUUCUUUUUUCUUUACUUGUAAAUUGAUCAGUGACAUUUAUUUAUUUAUUUAUGUUAAACUUUGAAACUGUCUCUUGUGCAAUAGAAUAAAGUGUUGUUUAUUAUUCACAUAUUUUGACCACAUGCGGGUUUAGAAAUGUAAUCAGGGUUUUCCCGGACGCAGGUUUUCUGCGUCCCUGACGCGCUUUGACUGCUUUGGACUCGCAUUUUGUAGUGCCUCUGCGUCCACUGGACCCGCAAAAUCGGUCACGAAACUCCUUUGCACUGAAGCUUCCUUUGCGCAGAUACCCAUGUAAAAUGCGCAGUUUUUUACCACCGGGACCAUCCCCGAAUCGUGGGUGCUCAUUAUACACAGGUAUAGACGAUUUUCCAACUUCAAAACAAGUUUUGUUACCGAUGUUCGCCAUUUUGGUAAAGGGAAACUACUCUCCGCGCUAACUGAUACCGCUAAAAUCUAAGAUUGCCGUUACGUUCCGUAAAAGAUCGAAUGGUUUAUUUUUCUAUUAAACAAAAUUAAUUUCAUAUAAAUUUAAAGUAUUUUGAUGAAAAAAUAUUAAUAAAUCACAAAAAUUAUGAUACUAAUUAAGGAUCGAGUAUUAUCUUUAACUAAGAUCAAACUGUGAAGAACAUAAUUGACACGAGUUGACACUUAAUUGCCGGUAAUUACUGGCUAUUUGAUCAUAACAUAACAAAAAGACUGUCACACCUUUUGUUAUCAGUCUGAAUGGAAAACUCAUGCCAUUUUGAAAGAUAUCAUUCCGAAAUACUGAAUCAGCUGCUAUCUAAAUUAAAAAGAUACAAGUUCAUUCGGUUUUAGGAUAAAUUUUUUUUAGUAAUAAUGUCCAUUUUCAAGAUCAAUAAUUUGUGGACCCGCAAAAAUUAUUAGGGACCCUUAAAUUAGCAGCCAUGGGAGUCCAUGGACUCCCAAAUAAAAAACUCGAGGGAAAACCCUGUGUAAUGAAAUAUUUAUUUGCUCAUUCAUUUAUUUCAUCCAUCCAUCCAUCCAUUCAUUCAUUCAUUCAUUCAUUUAAGUUAAACUUUGAAACUGUCUCUAGUGCAAUAGAAUAAAGUGUUGUAUAUUAUUCAGUUAUUUUGACACAUGCGAAUUUAGAAAUUUUAUGAAAUAGUUUCGAAAUUUAAAUUUGCAUAACAAACGUUUUUCUUACAAUUAGUCAAAAAUAAUUCUAUUUUCAAGACAGUUAUAGUUUUUGUCUUAAAUAGUUAAACUGUUUACUUAUAUUCGUUUUACUACAUCCUCAUAUAUAAUGCUUUCACUAUUUUUCUAUAAAUACUGAUUCACUAUUUUGUAAAAUAAGAGUUAUAUCGAAUGAAAACAAUAUAUAUUUCAAGUAAGUU